AUGCGAUCUGAACAUUUAUAUAUUCAAUUGUUGGCAUGGAUAUAUUUGGUGAAUGGAAACCCCAUUGCUCAAAAAGGUGGAUUAGGGGUGCUUGAUAUAUCAGAUACGAAUGAGCUAUCAGUCCGUCCCAGAUUUGAAGAAGUCAUCCGAUUGGAUUGUGCUUCACAGAGAAGGAAAGCGUUGAAAAGGAAGACGAAUGGAGACUCCCGUAUUUAUAUUCCAACUUGCUCCCCAAAAAAUGCAUUACUAUAUGAUAAAGUUCAAUGUUAUGAUGUAUCUGCCUACUGUUGGUGUGUCGACGAGCUAUCUGGAGAGCCGAAAAUCGGAUCUUCUACAUCUCGAGGUCGACCGAAAUGUGAAGAAACUGCUCUAACAACAAUUGCUCCUCCAAAAAGAGCCAGAAGAAAUAAUCGGUGUAAGGAAAAGAGGAGGACUCGUUUCCUUCGACGAUUGGUAUCAACAAUCAAAUCAGAAAUGAUAAUGAAUGGAGUGAAUGCAACGAAAGUCAGUCGAGAUUCUGCAAUCAGAUGGAAGUUCAAUCAACUCAAUGUUAAUCAUAAUACAGUUUUGGAAAGAAGCGAAUGGAAACCAUUCAAAGCAGUUUUGUUAGAAUGGAAAAAUGUAAGACAGUGCUCCAGAAAUCUUUUCAAGACUUGUGAUAUGGAUAGGGAUCGGAAGUUGACCUUUGAGGAAUGGAGGAAAUGCAUAGUUCAAGAAAUCAACCGCGUUCCUGCAAAACGUCCAGACCAGCUCAACCCAUUUUUGUACAUUUUAAGACCAGAAUAG